AUGUCUCGGAAACUGUCGAGUGCGGUAGGCGUACUAUGCGCACUCGGCGCAGUUUUGCAUCCGACCAGCGUCUUGGCCUCCUCCGUGACGUUGUCCAGCAGGAGUGCCGCCACCGACGCAGCCUGCUCACGUAUCAAGGCAGCCAUAUCUGAUGCGUCUGCCUAUCAUACACCUGGCCUCCUCGAGUUCUUCGAGGAUAUCGAGCACUGGAUGACUUCUAGCACCCAGCAGUCAGCAUGCUCCGUCGAACCUGGCACUCCUGAGGACGUGGGCAAGAUAUCACAGCUUCAAAUAGUUGCUGCUACCAAUAGCUCAUUCGCCGUCAAAGGUGGCGGCCAUGCCUCCAAUCCGGGCUUCUCUUCGACUGCCGGGGUUCACAUAUCCUUGGCUCGCUUCUCUGAAGUGACAUACCAUGCAGAUUCGCAAACUGCCGAUGUUGGUGCAGGACUAAUCUGGGACGAUGUCUACGCUGCUCUUGAGGACCACAACGUCAUGGUCGUCGGAGGCGCGUUACCGGCGUCGGCGUUUCUCUGGACAGGGUACUCUUGGUUAACAAACCAGCAUGGGCUUACGGCUGAUACUGUCACCGCCUUUGAACUCGUGCUCCCUAAUGGAACGGUGACCACUGUCACGGACAGUUCAAACCCGGACCUGAUGUUUGCCUUAAGGGGUGGUUACAACAACUUCGGUGUCGUGACCAAGUUCACGUUCAAGACGUUCCCGUCAGGACAAGUCUGGAAUACCCUGGAUCGAGUGGCAUCUGCCUCCGUGAACUUCUCUUCCAAGGUCACGGAUCCAAAAGCAGGCAUCAUCACGACAUACAACUUCGUCAUUGGUGGUCUGGGCGUUUCUCAACUUCUCUUCUAUGACGGCUCCGAGCCUCCCGCAGGCAUCUUCGACGAGUUCCUCGCGAUUCCUUCGUUCACGAAGGAUGUCAAGGCCAGGAGCUUCAGCAAUCUCGUUCGCAAUAUUCCCGCUAAUGCAACCAGCAACACAAGAGGUAUAUUCAACACCGUCCCGCUGCUGGAAUACACUCCAGAGCUGAUGGAGAUCAUUCGCAACGAAACCGAGUUCUGGGGACAGAAGCUUUCUUGGGAAGACUCCGCGACCUUCAUCUCGUACGAUGUCGAACCCUUCCAGUCCAGCAUCCUUUCGCACGGCAGCACAUCGUCAGCGUCAUACCCCGCAUCGCGGUCACAGGCUCUGCUACCCUUGAACCUGUACUGGGCAUGGACAGACCCCAGCAAGGACGAGGUAAUGUGGGAUGGUAUCAGGCAGAGCGCAGCUACAGUCAAGGCCAAGGCGGUUGAGCUUGGCCAGGAUGUCGCUGACGCACCAGUUUACGGUAACUAUGCCAUCUUCAGCACAGCGCUCGAAUCGAUAUACGGGGACAACCUCCCGCGGCUGAGAGCUAUCAAGCAGCGGUACGACCCGAACAAUGUCAUGGGUCUUGCUGGAGGAUGGAAGGUCUGA